AUGGAGAUGUCGGAUGAGAACCGGCCGGAGGCCGCGUCACAGCGGCGCACGGCGCCCUACCCCGCCGGCCUCAAACUGGCCGCCGUCGCCGACCGACCUGUCCUGAAGGAGACCAACCGCGGCCCGAACGCUCAGUCGGGCGCGCCGUCUCGUUACGACGCGGUGCGCGCGCUCGACGAGGACGAGAACUGGCGCGACCGCACCGAGGUCAUCACCAAGCAGGACCACACGCUCAACAAGCAGCUGGCAAGGGACAUCGUCGAGCAGAUCGUCGACAGCGCCGCCAGCACGCCCUCCGAAGACUCGUCUCAGAGCUUCGCCACGGAGGACGAGCCGGGGCCGCCGACGAUCCGCUCGGAGGCGUCACUGCUGGCCGACCAGCUGCUGGGAUUGGCACUGCAGACGCCGCUGAAGCGAGCGCCGGCCGCGCAGGCGGGCGACCAGAGCUGCGUCGACAGCGCGCCACAGAGCCCGCCGUCGUCGCCGAGCCCGUUCACCGGCGACGAAGAUGAGCCGAUUCCUCCCAAGGUCGGCUACAACCUGGACUUCCUGGACGACCCCAGCUUCAACCCGUUCGCCACGGGGUCAGGCAUCCGGCUGAGCCCGCCCGCGUCCCCGAGCCCGGCGCUACCGCCGCUGAAGGCAGCGCGCACCAAGAAGCAGCGCGAGGCGGCAAAGGCCCCCGUUAAGAAGGCGGUCCGGCCGGCGAGGCGGCCUCUGAAGAAGAAGCCGCCGCCGCCGGCCGCGGAGCCGGUGGCGCCGGCGGAGGAGAACCGGUCUGACAGUCCGCCGCUGCCGCCGGCCAAGGGCUACAACCUGGACUUCCUGGAGAACGUCGACGACCCGAACUUUAAUCCGUUCGCCACAAAGACGGCCGUGGCCAACUCGCCGUCGGGCUCGCCGCAGCCUGCGCGGAAGAGCUCGCCGCCCGUCGCCACGCCGCCGCGGGCGAAGCCUGCCUCAAAGCCGGCGGCCGCGGCGAAGCCUGCAGCGUCACCACCGUCGGCGGCCGCGGCGAAGCCCGCCGCCGCGCCACCGCCGGAGCCGGAGCCGGAGCCGGACCUGGAGACGAUGCCGGAACCGGAGCCGGAGCUGGAGACGAUGCCGGAGCCGGAGUCGGCGGGCUCGCCGGAGCGGCUCGACAGCUCGGGGCCGGCCGAGCCGGAGACAACGGUCAUUGAGAACGGCUCACCGGACCCGCGCGGCGGCGGCGACUCGGUCGCGGCUGGCCCGUCCGCCGCCAAGGCGCCGCACGCCGUCAACCUUCUGGACACGACGCCUCUGGAGUUGGACGAAGUGAUCGGCACUUCUGACGCCGACCCCGAGAUGGCGUUGGGGUCCAACGACACGUUUAUGCCAGCCACAGAAUUUUUCCACGACGCGGCGGCGCUGGACAGCCUGGCGGAGCACGGCGACGGACGGCUGGCGUCCAACAUCGCCCGCAACUCGCUGUUCGUCAAGUUCGACCCGCUGCUGGGCCGGCCCAGCGUGCUGCCCCAGCUGGAUCGACAGGCCGGCACCCAGCAGGAGGAGCCGCCGCCGGCGGUGCCGCGCCAGCUGUCCACCGUCAAGGCCGACCUGAUCGCCUUCUCUCCAGCCAAGGAGGCGGCCGAGCCGACCCCGGACGCCGCACAGCCCGCGGAGCCCGAGCCCGAGCCCGCUCCGGAGACGGCGCUGGCCACGACGGCCGCCGACAACAACCACGUGUCAGCGGCCGAUGGGCAGGCGCUCAAGAAGCAGGAGUUCUACUACCGCGCAGAGCUUCUCAAGCGCGAGAAGGAGCUGGCGACAAUGCGGGAGGCGUUGGCGAAGCCGAAGCAGCGGGAUGCGGAACACAAGCAGCAGCAGUUGAAACUCUCCAGGGUGGUGGAGCUGCACACCAAGGCGCUAGCGCGGCUGGCGAUCGAGAAGGAGCAGACGGACGCGGCCGUGCGCGCCGUCAGCGCCGAGCGUGACGAGGCCCGUCAGGAGGUGGCCAACGUCGAGUCAAUGUUCGCCGACUUGCACCGCAAGUACGAGAAGAGCAAGAGUCUGAUGCAGGAGAACAGGCAGCGGAGCGAGACCAUCUCGAAGUCGUGGCAGUCGGCGCUGGACGAGGUGUCGCGAGAGAGGCAGCGCCACGACAUGCUGCAGAAGUACGCCGAGGACACGCUGCAGAGGUUGCGCGAGGACAUGGAGCUGGCGGAGAAGAGUCACGAGACGGAGCUGCUGCGUCUGACCACCAAGCUCCAGCUCCUGGAGAACCGCAACACCAAGCUCGAGCGCGAGAACCAAGAGGUGACGGCCAUAUGUGACGAGCUGAUACAGAAGAUGGGAGGCGCCCGGUGAUUCCGACCGCGCAUUUCCCGCCUCCAUGAUUGCUUCGCGUAGUGGCGCGGCGUGAGAUAAGUGCCUGGAAGACCGCUGCGACGUCUUGCUGCGCUGAAGGCCUAACUGCUGUAUUUUUAUUUUGUUAUAAAUACGUGAAUAAUACAGUUAAUAAACUUGUCCCCUAUGUGUCA